CUGGGCAGAGAGGAGCAUCAGCUGGUGGUGAUGAGCAGGGAAACAUCUGCGAGGAGCGUGUGACCACUAAAGACGGAACCUCGUGAAAUCUUUCAAAGAGAGGGAGACAACCAGCGACCAUCUGCUUUCCCUCAGCAGGCCCGAACACAGCCAACAGGAUGAUGGACGGCGGAGUUGACUCUCUGGUGAACGGUGUUGAGGACCUCAUGAGCCUGACCCCCCUGACCGGGUUGGGGAUUAACUGCCUGCUGAGUCCAAAGUACAGACCAUCAGGGCCAGGUCUGGCCAGUCCUCAGGAGUAUAACCAGUGGUUGCCAUACCGCCACGAUGCCAGUCUGCUGCCCAUGAAAGAAGAUCUGGCCUUCUGGCUCAACAGCAUCAUGGGGCUUCAUCUCACCAGCGACACGUUGAUACAGCGACUGGAUAACGGCGUUCUUCUUUGUCAGCUGGCUCAGAUGCUGCAGGAGAAAAUGGGGCACGCCAACAACGGCAAGCCCUUCACCAGAAGAGUCAUCCACUGGCGAGCUGAUGCAACGUCAGGAUCAUUUUUUGCCAGAGACAACACAGCAAACUUCCUCUACUGGUGUCGAAAGAUUGGCAUCGAUGAAGCUCAUCUCUUUGAGUCGGAGGAUUUAGUCCUGCACAAGCAACCGAGGGAGGUGUGUCUAUGUCUGAUGGCGCUCGGGCGGAUUGCAGCCAGUUAUGGAGUGGAGCCUCCAGGUCUGGUGAAGUUGGAGAGAGAGAUAGAGAGGGAGCAGAACGGAUGCUUAUCUCCAUCGUCCCCUAUGGAGCUCUCCUUUUUUCCUUCCUCGCUACUGUGCGUGUCACCACAGUCACCUCAGCCCAAAGCCCCUUCACCACCUCCGCCACCUCCUCCUCCAGCGCCAGCACUCUUUGCUUCAACCACAAGCGCUCUCUCUGAAGCCCACACCCUUGAUCUUCCAUCAGCCACAACAAACCCGGUGCCUCCGUGUUUACCUCCUCCACAGCCGUCCAUCCCCACCUCUAACCUCUUUUCCUCCACAACACAAACCUCUUUGUUUUCCCCGGCCUGCACGUCAUCUGCUCCAACACCUCCACCACCCUCACCUGUCCAAAAUCCCACGACUCCCACACGUCUGUCUAGUAAAUCCAGGAAGAGCACCGUCACUAUCAGCUUACUGGAUGAUAUUAUAAGGAACAUUAUUGAAAAUCCACCCUGCUGUUGUCCAGCCAAGUUCCUUGUUGAAAAGCAGCCUAAGGGAUGUUAUCGUGUCGGUGACAAGAUCCUGUACAUACGAAUGCUGAAUGAGCGUCACGUGAUGGUGCGCGUCGGAGGAGGAUGGGAGACUUUUAUAUGCUACCUCCAGAAGCACGACCCAUGCAGAGGCGGACCGGUGCCCAGGUCAGAGCUCCGGGUCAAGGCCCGACAGUCCCGUCUGAAUAUGUCACCUGACAACUACAUGGUAGUCAACGCUCACUACCACAGCAAGAAAUAGACUGAUGUCCAAGCUGAACAAGUCUUUGUUAGGCUUCGCCUCAAAUGAAAUCCAUAAUAGAAUAGUUAUUUCUGAUAUUGAUGUCAACCAACACUUCUAUAAAGCUUAAGGAUGUUUAGUUGUAGUCGUAGUUACACUGUCAAUAUGGUACUGUUAUUUUUUUUAAACAUUCUACAACUAAUUUUUAAAGAACAAUCCACCUUAAUUCGCCCAACAGAACAAAAUAUAUGCGGAUUUUAAUGACUUGA